GCCUCCCUUUUUGCACUAUACUUGGAACUCCCUCAAACACACCUCAUAAUUCUCAAUCUUAACCCAACAAAUUAGAUCAACCCAUUUCAAAACUUUGAGAGAAUUCUUUCAUAAUUGUUUUCUUGGAAAAGAAAGAUCAAGAAAAAGCCAUGAAAUUCAAUGCUUUUCUGAUUGUUUUCUCCAACUACGUUUCGUGAAAAAAUUCUCUUUAAAACCUGGUUUCCAAAUUGUUGUGACAGAGUGCGAUUGUGACAGUUGGUAUCACGGUUGGCUUUAAACCAGCUUGUACCAAUGAGUGCACCGGCGCCAGGCAACGAGAAGGAGGACUACAAGUUGAAGGACACGAAACCACAGCUUGGUGAGCGAUGGCCGCACGGGGGACUACGUGGCGGCGGGGGAUGGAUAACGAGCGAGCGAGCGACGAGCACAUACGACCUUGUGGAGCAGAUGUUCUAUCUUUACGUGCGCGUGGUGAAGGCGAAGGACCUGCCACCGGACCCUAUGACAGGGAGCUGCGACCCAUAUGUGGAAGUGAAGCUUGGGAAUUACAAAGGAAGAACACAACAUUACGAGAAGAGAACUAACCCGGAAUGGAACAACCAAGUUUUUGCUUUCUCCAAAGACAAGAUUCAGUCAACAGUUCUCGAAGUUUUUGUGAGAGAUAAAGAGAUGGUGCCGAGAGAUCAAUAUGUAGGGAAAGUAGUGUUUGAUUUGAAUGAAGUGCCCACCAGAGUCCCACCGGAUAGUCCCUUGGCGCCCCAGUGGUACAAGUUGGAGGACAGAAAAGGCGAUACUAAGGUGAAAGGGGAGAUCAUGCUAGCGGUCUGGAUGGGGACGCAGGCUGACGAGGCCUUCCCGGACGCGUGGCACUCGGACGCGGCCUCGGUCCACGGCGAGGGCGUAUACAACAUAAGGUCAAAAGUGUACGUGUCGCCCAAGCUAUGGUACCUAAGAGUAAACGUGAUAGAAGCACAAGACGUGGAGCCACAAGACAGGUCCCAACCCCCACAAGCCUUCGCAAAAAUCCACAUAGGAAACCAAAUCCUCAAAACAAAGCUGUCUCCGACAAAGACCACAAACCCACAAUGGAACGAGGAUCUAAUCUUCGUGGUGGCCGAGCCCUUCGAGGAGCAGCUCGUGCUGACAGUGGAAAACAAGCUCUCAUCCGCCAAGGACGAGGUCAUGGGGAGGCUUAUCACGCCCCUCCACGGCUUCGAGAAGCGCUUGGAUCACCGAACCGUGCACUCGCGAUGGUUCAAUCUCGAGAAGUUUGGCUUCGGGGCCUUGGAAGGCGACAAGCGGCACGAGCUGAAGUUUUCGAGUAGAAUCCACUUGAGGGUGUGUUUGGAAGGGGCUUACCAUGUGAUGGAUGAGUCCACAAUGUAUAUAAGUGAUGUGAGGCCAACGGCGAGGCAGCUGUGGAAGCAGCCCAUUGGGAUUUUGGAAGUGGGGAUAUUGAGUGCUCAAGGGCUGCAGCCAAUGAAGAAGAGUAAUGAGGGGAAGGGGAGUACGGAUGCUUAUUGUGUGGCUAAGUAUGGCCACAAGUGGGUGAGGACAAGGACUGUGACUCAAAGCUUUAGCCCUAGGUGGAAUGAGCAGUAUACUUGGGAGGUUUAUGAUCCUUGUACGGUUAUUACUAUUGGGGUCUUUGACAACUGCCACUUGGGUGGGAAUGACAAGAACGACUCGAGAAUCGGGAAGGUACGAAUCAGGCUUUCUACUCUAGAAAUGGAUCGAAUCUACACCCACUCUUACCCACUUUUGGUGUUACAACCAUCUGGUUUAAAGAAGAUGGGGGAGCUCCAACUAGCCGUGAGAUUCACUUGCCUUUCCCUAGCCCACAUAAUAUACCUCUAUGGCCAUCCCCUCUUGCCCAAAAUGCAUUAUCUUCACCCUUUCACCGUCAACCAACUAGACAGCUUAAGAUUCCAAGCCAUGAACAUCGUAGCCGCAAGGCUCGGCCGAGCCGAGCCAUCGUUACGAAAAGAAGUCGUAGAAUACAUGUUAGACGUGGAUUCCCAUAUGUGGAGCAUGAGGAGAAGCAAGGCCAACUUCUUCAGAAUCGUCUCCCUCUUCUCUGGCGUUAUCUCGAUGAACCGAUGGCUCGGGGAGGUUUGCCAGUGGAAAAACCCUAUCACUUCGAUCCUCGUCCACAUCCUCUACUUCAUCCUCAUCUGCUUCCCGGAACUCAUCCUCCCCACAACUUUCCUCUACAUGUUUCUGAUUGGGAUAUGGAACUUCAGGUUUCGGCCGAGGCACCCGCCGCACAUGGAUAUAAAGUUGUCGUGGGCGGAGGCAGUUCACGCAGAUGAACUGGAUGAGGAGUUCGACACUUUUCCAACAUCGAAGGCGCAGGAUGUGGCGCGAAUGAGGUAUGAUAGGUUGAGGAGCGUGGCGGGGCGAAUCCAAACAGUGGUUGGUGACAUAGCUACACAAGGAGAAAGGUUUCGGACGUUGCUCAGCUGGAGAGAUCCGAGAGCUACGAGUCUUUAUGUGGUGUUUUGCCUUGUUGUGGCUAUUGCAUUGUAUAUUACUCCGUUUAAGAUUGUGGCUUUGGUUGCAGGGAUUUAUUGGCUUCGGCAUCCUAGGUUUAGGAGUAAGAUGCCAUCGGUUCCUAGUAACUUCUUUAGACGAUUGCCCUCUCGAGCUGAUAGCAUGCUUUGAAAAAGUUAAUUAAGUAGGAACCCACACCAUUGAAAAGCUAAUUCUUGAGAGAUAUAUAGACAUCUCUUUAAACUUUUGCUUUUGUUUUUUAUUUUCUUUUAACUUUUUUCUCUUUAAAUUGGAAUUGACCCAACAAACUAUCUUUUUUAUCAAAUUAUCCUAGAUUAUUCAAACGAAACCGUUCAUGAGCAUAACUUAGCGGUAAUUAGCAUAUAUCUUCAACCAAGAGAUUGUAACUUCGAUCCUCCCACCUCAGUGAUGUAAAAAAUAUAUAUAGUCAAGUCGAUAUUUAAACCAUGAUAUUAACCACGGAAAAUUAUUAGAGUCAAAAUUGAAAAUUUAAAAAUGUUAUCCGAGGGUUCUGAAUCUCUCAGCUAUCUUUCUCUCUCCUCACGCUC